GCCUUAGCCUUCAAGUGCUACAAAGAUGAGUACUACGCGAUGAGCGUAACAUGUUCGUUUAGCCUCUGCGCUUAGUGCAGCCACACAAGCAUCCCAGAUCAUGCCUAACAGCCAUCGACAACAUAGAAAUACACGUGCAGCAUGACCUAAACCCUCAACCCCUCAUCCACGGUUCCCGCCCCCGUCUUCUUCUCCUACUUAUUCUGUCCACCACACAGCCCAUCCUCGAUCCUUGUCAUUUUUCCUUCAUCGCACUAUCAUGCCCGGUAGCUUAAAAGACGCUCCAUACUACCUUCGUAUCUGUUUCCGGAAAAAAUCUCAAAGUCCCUUCCAAGCGCAUUCACGUAAGGCACCUACAUAUCCAUCAGUCUCGACUCGAGCAGGCGCUGGAAAUCAGUCAUCGGAAUCUUAUCAUCCGCCGAAUCUAGUGUGGGCGGAUACUGUGUUCUUGUACAAGUUCAAGGAGUUUUACGGACACAAUUCGAGAUCAUUGGAUGCGUCACCUGUAUUAUCACUGGAGAUCAAGGCUUCUUUCGAGCUCGAUCGGAUGUUGGACAAUGGAGAAGUUGUUGGAAAAUAUCAUGGGAUGCGCUGCUCGAUCAUGGAAAUGAGCCUUUCGAUGAUGAAGACACGCGUGACUUCUUCUUUCGCUGCAAUCGGACAAAGUUCGCCGAGCACGAGACAAAACAAGACAUUCUUGGUUCACGACAGCGAGCUUGAGCUCGUCCCUGCGACGGUCAACACAAUCACUCUGGCGACGACGCCACACGAGCAGGAUCGCGAGCAGCCUUACUAUUCACAUUUCGCUAUGAAAGAUGAACCUCUCACGCUGCUCGAUAUCAUGGAGAAUGACACUCCGCAGGCUGAGUUCGCAUUCCUGUCCGCGUGUCAUACCGUUGUUGGCGAUGAGAAGUCACCCGAUCAAGUCAUUCACCUCGCAGUUGGACUCCAGUUUUCGGGAUUCAAAGUGUCAUUGAAACUCUCUUUUUACGAGAAUACGCUCAAGGAUUUGGAGGAUGGUGUCAUGUACUACACGAAGGCGGCCUGGGCACUCAACCGUGUUACGUGCGCCGUCAAGACGAAAGUGCUGCUCGAGCAACGGAUGGUUUUCAUUUAUGUUGGCUUUCGAUUUAUUGAUUUUCUCUCUUUCAUCCCAUCGGUGUACCUGUCAUAG